UUGGAGCGUCGAGUUGGUCGUUGAGUCCUUCAGGCCUCUACCACCUCAACCAACAAACUAAAUCCAAUCCAUGGCGACGUGCCGUAUAAAAUUCACUCUCCGGUGCCCUUCUUCCGAUACGCAGCGUUUCACUUGUCGACUCUCAAACCCUAGCUCCCCUGUCCUACUUAAUCUCACCCCCGCCUCCUCUUCCAACCCCAAAAAGGUCUCGUGUUCCAGUGCGCGGCGGCGUAGCUUUGGUACUGUGAGGGCUCACAUGGCCACUGAGGAGAAACCGGUUUCCGAGGACAGAAUGCUUGUAUUCGUGCCGCCGCACCCGUUGAUCAAGCAUUGGGUUUCAGUUUUGAGAAAUGAGCAAACCCCUUGUCCCAUUUUUCGAAAUGCCAUGGCUGAGUUGGGGAGGCUUCUUAUAUAUGAAGCUUCAAGAGAUUGGCUGCCUACGGUCACAGGAGAAAUCCAAUCACCGCUUGGUGUCGCAUCAGUUGAAUUCGUAGAUCCAAGGGAACCUAUUUCGGUUGUUCCAAUUUUAAGAGCUGGUCUAGCUUUGGUGGAACAUGCGUCGUCAAUCUUGCCAGCAACAAGAACGUACCAUCUUGGAAUAGGCAGAAAUGAGGAGACACUUCAACCAACAGUAUAUCUGAACAAGUUACCUGACAAAUUUCCUGAAGGGUCACGAGUAUUUUUGGUUGAUCCUAUGCUAGCAACAGGUGGCACUAUAGUGGCAGCUAUGAACCUAUUAAAGGACCACGGGGUUGACAACAAGCAAAUUAAAGUGAUAUCUGCUGUUGCUGCCCCUCCAGCCCUGCAAAAGCUGAGCGAGAAGUUUCCAGGGCUUCAUGUGUACACUGGCAUCAUUGAUCCUAUUGUAAAUGAAAAAGGGUUCAUAAUCCCUGGACUGGGUGAUGCUGGAGACCGCAGCUUCGGUACAUGAAGUCAUUACUCAAGUACGCUGGCAUCUGAUUUUUAGUUCUUACUCCUGCAAUUUUGGAAUAUUAAGCCUAUUAAUAGGAAAGAUUUCUGAGAAUCAUUGUUUUAUUAGAGGAAGGUAAACUUGAUUCAUUUUGCAAAAUAUGGUAUUGAAGAAAUAGGAACCAAAAUGGGUCCCCCAUGGAUUUUGUAUCAACCGUUCCAAUUUUUCUUGAGCAUAAUUAAAUCUGGCUUUGGAGAUUC